AUAAAAAAGAGAAAAAAAGCCACUGUGCUACUGCUUCCCAAAACGCAAGGCAAGCCACUGAGAAACACAGGAAAUGAAUUGAACCCUCCACUGGCCACUGCAAAACCCUAAUUAACGAAGACGCAGUGAGUGAGAAUGGCGCUCAAAGGGAAAGAGACGAUCAAGAGCAUGAUGAGAAAAUUCGGAGACAAAGCCCUAACUCCGCGACUGAAGGAGGAGGUGAAGAAGAAAGGCAUAAUGGGAGACAAAACCCUACCUCCGCGAUUGAGAGAGGAGCUCAAGAAGCAAGGCGUACCCAACUCCAAAAUAAUUAUGGGUCGGGCCAAACGUGGCAUCUACGCUGGCUGCCACAUCCAGUUCGGCAAUCAAAUCAGUGAAGACGGUGGCAACAAGUCAAGGAGGACAUGGAAGCCAAAUGUGCAGGAGAAGCGUCUCUUCAGUUACAUCCUUGACCGUCACAUUCGAGUCAAAGUCACCACCCAUGCUCUCCGUUGCAUAGACAAAGCAGGUGGGAUUGAUGAGUACUUUCUGAAAACUCCUUACCAGAGGAUGGAUACAGAAAUGGGUCUCGUCUGGAAAGCCAAAAUUGAAAAGCUUUAUGAAGAGGUUGGGCAGACGCCGGUUGCGUUAAUUAAACCUGAAGCCGAAGUCAAUUUGGAACAGAAAUUCAAACAACUAAAACUAGAUGAGAGGGACGUCAGGAGAGAGAUGUACGGUUGGUCGAACAAACUAAAACAGAUUGAGGAAGGAGCGGACAACCAAGUAGCUGAUGAGGAAGGUGCAAGGAUUGGAGAACAAAGCUCUCAUGUCGAUGUUCCAGAGCAGUUGGUUGCAAACUCCUGAGUUUGGAGCUCGUAAACCAGCUUGGGAAUGUUCUCGUUUUUGUCAGCUACUCCCAGUUUUUAGAGUUUUGUUUCUCUUCAGGGUUUUUAGAGAGAAAUUGUAGUAGUAGCCGAUCCUGAUAAGCUGAAAUUUGUUCAUCUUUUCUCAUUAUGGAAAUUCACAAGACAGUCCUGUUGGUUUCAUA